AUCACUUUCAUACCCUUCUUUCCUCGAACCUUCUUCUCUCUUACAACUUCAAACUACUCAGACUCUUAUCUUUCUUACUUGCCUUAGGGUACCCUUCACCUUUUCCUCUCUCUCUCUCUCUCUCUCUUCCAACGUUGUUCUAUCUCUCGCUAUGUAACUGCUCCGGAGUAGGCAAUGAGGAAUUGAUGUGCAGGAAGAAGCUAUUCAUUGUUAUGUGAGAUUUAAGAGACACGGAUUCAUCUUAUUCUACUUUGUUUUUUGAACUAGGCUCCAAUCAUGACUUUUCAGCAAGAAAAAUUUGUUAGGUUUCAGGAUUGGAAUUCAGACAAGGGUUCUGAGAGAAACUCUCCUGCAAUUCACAUAACAAGCUCGGGGAGAAUUAGAACUACACUAAGCUCAGUUUCCAAUAAGUUUCAAAGGGGAUUGGAAUCUACUUCCAAGGGGAUAAAUAGAUUUAGAAAAUCAUUCAAAUCUUUUCCCCGUGACAGUUUUCUUGCUAGAAAUUUUAGUUCUAAAAAGAAAAUCCUUGAUCCGCAGGGCCCUUUCCUUCAAAAGUGGAACAAGAUAUUUGUAUUAUUGUGUCUUAUUGCUGUAUCACUAGAUCCUUUGUUCUUCUAUGUCCCCGUGAUUGAUGAUGACAAGAAAUGUCUUUCACUGGACAGAAAAAUGGAAAUUACGGCAACUGUUUUAAGAUCUUUCUCUGAUAUCUUUUACAUAAUUCAUAUAAUUUUCCAAUUUCGUACUGGAUUCAUUGCUCCCUCUUCUCGGGUGUUUGGAAGAGGUGUUUUGGUUGAAGAUGCUUGGGCAAUAGCAACGAGGUAUCUGUCAUCAUACUUCUUAAUCGACAUUCUUGCCGUUCUUCCCCUCCCACAGGCGGUGAUUCUAAUUAUCAUUCCAAAGAUGAGAGGCUUUGAAUCCCUGAAUACGAAGAACUUGCUGAAAUUUAUUGUUUGCUUCCAGUAUGUGCCACGUCUUUUAAGAAUAAUUCCAUUAUAUAAAGAAGUUACAAGGACCUCUGGCAUUCUCACCGAAACAGCUUGGGCUGGAGCUGCAUUCAAUCUCUUUCUUUACAUGCUAGCAAGUCAUGUUAUUGGUGCAUUUUGGUACUUAUUUUCUAUAGAAAGAGAAACCACAUGCUGGCAAGAUGCAUGUCGAAGAAAUACCACAUGUAACAAGGCAGAUAUGUAUUGUGAUAAUCGUCAAGGUUUGGGCACAAUUUCAACAUUCCUGAAUGCUUCUUGCCCAAUACAGGAUGCAAAUAAAACGCUCUUUGAUUUUGGAAUAUUCCUUGAUGGCCUUCAAUCUGGGGUCGUGGAAUCAAAAGAUUUUCCACAAAAGUUCUUUUAUUGUUUUUGGUGGGGCCUAAGAAAUCUGAGUUCUCUUGGUCAGAAUCUGACAACAAGUACCUAUGUUUGGGAAAUCAGCUUUGCAAUUUUCAUUUCCAUAGCUGGUUUGGUUUUAUUUGCAUUCCUAAUUGGAAAUAUGCAGACAUAUUUGCAAUCAACAACUACUAGAUUGGAGGAGAUGAGAGUGAAAAGGAGAGAUGCAGAGCAGUGGAUGUCUCAUCGAUUACUCCCUGACAGCCUGAGAGAAAGAAUCAGACGACAUGAACAAUACAAAUGGCAAGAAACCAGAGGUGUUGAUGAAGACAAUUUGAUUCGCAAUCUUCCCAAGGAUUUAAGAAGGGAUAUUAAACGUCAUCUUUGCUUGGCUUUGUUGAUGAGGGUGCCAAUGUUUGAGAAAAUGGAUGAGCAACUUUUGGAUGCAAUGUGUGACCGUCUCAAGCCAGUGCUAUACACAGAACAAAGCUGCAUUGUGCGGGAAGGAGAUCCUGUUGAUGAGAUGCUCUUCAUAAUGCGAGGCAAGUUAUUGACUGUGACAACUAAUGGUGGAAGAACAGGUUUCUUUAACUCUGAAUUUCUCAAGGCUGGUGAUUUUUGUGGAGAGGAGCUUCUUACAUGGGCAUUAGAUCCUCAUAACUCAUCAAACCUUCCAAUCUCAACUAGGACUGUCCAAACUCUUUCAGAAGUGGAAGCAUUUGCUCUAAAAGCUGAUGACUUGAAGUUUGUUGCAUCUCAGUUUCGGCGCCUUCACAGUAAGCAGCUUCGCCAUACUUUCAGGUUCUACUCACAACAAUGGCGUACGUGGGCUGCAUGUUUCAUACAAGCAGCGUGGAGGCGAUAUGGUAAGAAGAAGCUUGAAGAGUCUCUGAGGGAAGAGGAGAAUAGGCUGCAAGAUGCAUUGGCCAAGGCAGGUGGUAGUUCACCUAGUCUUGGUGCUACAAUAUAUGCUUCAAGGUUUGCUGCUAAUGCACUUAGAGCUUUACGUAGAAAUGGCACAAGGAAGACAAGGGUGCCAGACAGAAUAUCACCUAUACUGCUUCAGAAGCCUGCUGAACCUGAUUUUACUUCUGAGGAGCAAUAGGGUAAUGAAUGAAAAUGAAAAUGAAAAUGAAAAAUGAAAAUGAAAUUACCAUUUUGGUAGAAAGGCCAAAUUGUCAUUUCAUUUAUAUAUUUUGUUUUUCAAAUAAGUGUAAGAUGUAAAUGUCUAUUAAAUAUUUAGUUACGAAGUUGUAUAUAUAAAUA